AUGGCGGCGGCGGGCGGUGCGCGGCUGGCUGCCUUGGGCGAAAGGCUGCGGCGGGGUUUCGCUGCCGGCCGACGGGCCUGGCCGGGCCCCGGGCCCGUGGCGGCGGCAGUGGCUGGCGUGGCUGUGGCGGGAGCAGGAGCGGCGUGGUACCACGGCCGCGUGAACGUGGCGGCGCCCCAGGGCAACCUCACCGUCCUGGCUCAGAGAAGUGUGAACUCCGGAGAGAUUACAGGAAAGCCGUCUCCUCGUAAACAGCGCUUCAUGCAGUUCUCGUCCUUGGAGUAUGGUGGGGAGUACUACAUGACACCCCGGGACUUCCUCUUCUCUGUCAUGUUCGACCACAUCCAGCGUAAAAGUUCUGUCAAGAGGCUGACAGAUAAGGAUAUCGAGGAUACACUAGCAGGAAUCAAAAAAGCUGGUUGUGGAUCAACUUUUUUUAGAGACCUCGGCGAUAAAGGGCUAAUCUCCUACACUGAGUAUCUCUUCCUGCUCACGAUUCUCACCAAACCCCAUUCUGGGUUUCAUGUUGCAUUUAAAAUGCUGGAUGCAGAUGGUGACGAGAUGGUUGAGAAAAAGGAAUUUUUUAAGCUGCAGAAGAUCAUAAGUAAACAGGAUGACUUGAAGACAGCAAUAACCAGUGAAACGGAAUGCCAGGAACAAACAGUGCAAGAACCUGAAAUUGACACAACACUUCAGAUACGUUUCUUUGGAAAAAGAGGAGAAAGGAAACUUCAUUACAAAGAAUUUCGAAGGUUUAUGGAAAACUUACAGGCGGAAGUCCAAGAAAUGGAGUUCCUUCAGUUCUCUAAAGGUUUGAGUUUCAUGAGAAAAGAAGACUUUGCAGAGUGGCUCCUUUUUUUCACUAACACUGAAAAUAAAGAUGUUUAUUGGAAAAAUGUGAGAGAGAAGCUGUCAGCAGGAGAGAGCAUUAGUUUGGAAGAGUUCAAGUCAUUUUGUCAUUUUGCAACCCACCUGGAAGACUUUGCUAUUGCCAUGCAGAUGUUUAGUUUAGCUCAUCGUCCUGUCAGACUAGCGGAGUUCAAGAGAGCAGUCAAAGUAGCAACAGGACAGGAGCUGUCCAACAACAUUCUGGACACCGUCUUCAAGAUCUUUGAUUUAGAUGGUGAUGAGUGUCUGAGUCAUGAAGAGUUUCUUGGGGUGUUAAAAAACAGGAUGCAUCGAGGUUUAUGGGUGCCACAGCAGCUCGGCAUACAAGAAUACUGGAAAUGUGUGAAGAAAGAAAGCAUUAAAGGAGUGAAAGAAGUCUGGAAACAAGCAGGAAAAGAUCUUUAAUAGAAAAAGAGUGUGGGAAUCCUAUCGCUCUGAGCAAUCAGAAUUGGGGAUUUCUUAGAAUGCUAGAUGUUUAUCCUCCUAAGUCUUCAUUGAUUUCGUUUGUAAUAUAAAGAUGCCUUGUAUUGCUUUCUGAUUCAGUCAUUUCUUAGUAAGAUUUCAUUGCAGAACUUCGUAAAAUGAAAAAAGUAUUCUUUAAUGAAAAGAGACGUUGACAUCUGUCAGAAGGCCUAGAAUUAAAGAAUGCUUUGACUUUGGUAAGAUGGACAACCUGGUCAUGCACAGUGUCUAAGCUGACUCAAGGUCAGAUCAACCUGCGAGCCCCAAAGCUCCUGGAGGUAGAUUAAGUGACAGCAUUUCAGGUUUCUUACCUGUCCCUUAUGUCUGAGACUUCUUGUAUAUUUUAUUUCAGUGAGCUGUAAAUUAGUUGUCUUCAAAGUAAUAUGUAAAUUUCAGUAUUCCACCUGGCAACUAUAAAGUAUUUAUAAAGAUAAAAAAACUACUGAGGUGCA